AAGCUAAAAGCAAAAGUACAGAGAGAGUGAGUGAUAGAGAUUUUUGCACACUAAACAGUGUAAUGAAGAGGGAAAAAAGAAACAAAAUGAUGCCUUGAGGGAGAAAACAGAUUGAUUGCUUUUCUCUUUUUUUUUUUUUGUUUCUUUAUCCUUCUAUCUUUUUGUUUACAUUACAAGAACAUGAUCGAUUUAUCCUAUUACCAUCACUGUUUUGUGAUCUCUCCUUCUUCUCCAUGUCGAUGAGGGAAACUAUGAAGAAAGCUUCGAGAUUUACACACUCUUUUUCUCACUCGUCCAACUCAGAUAUUAUGAUGUGGUGAUUGGAACGGAAAUGGAAUUUGGUAAAGGAAUUGAUAUGGAACAAAGCCCCAACAGUGUUCUUCCUCCUCCGCGUCCUUACACUGAAUCAGAAAAGAGGAGUACAAGACUGAAGCCACCUCGUAGAGAUGAGAUAUUGAGAGUUAAAGAAGGCUUCACCGAGAUAAGCUUCAGGCGCUACCGUAGCACAUCCUGUAAGAAUUUUCCUUCAAAACCUCUUGCAAUGUCGGAUAAAUCAGAGCAAAGGCGAGGUUCAGUGUAUCAGAGCUCCAAUGAAUUGUUUAAAGAACUUAGAGAUCCUGUACGUAAAGAUUCAAAAGCAAAACUUGAGCUGUCUCGUAGUAGUGAUGCUUCUUUCUCCUUUAGAGUUGUUGAUUCAUCAAGAAAGGGAAGUACAGAGAAGAGACCGGACAAGAAGCUUUCAGAUGGACAGAAGUCAUCAGCUGAACCUUACAACUCUAGCAACUUCAUUGACAUUUGUUUGAAAUCAGGUAUUAAAGAUAGAGCUGUGGUGUUGGAUUCAGAUGAUGAUUUAGUGGGUCCCUCGAACGAAUGUAAUGACCAUAAAAUUAGAUUGCCUAAGCCACAUUCUGCAAAGGUAGAUAAGGUUACAGUCUCUUCAUCCGAAACCAGUUGCAAUAAGGAAAGCUCAAGAGUGAGGAAAAUGUUUGAUCCAUUUGUUAAGUCAAAGUCUCUGAGAAGUCCUCUUGGGUAUAUAGGAGAAUCAGGUGAUCAGUUCAGAUUUGGAUGUACAGAAAAACCGGGGAAGAACAAUGAGCGUUGCAAAUCUAUGUUGAGUGACUACUCAAAUAUUCAUAUAAAACCGAAUCUUUGUCCUCCUCCAGUUGUCAAUAAGGAUUAUACUUUGGUGCUGAAAUCUUCUCCGGUUCAUCUACAUUGCCGUCUCAAAGUGGAAAGCAAACAUGGAUUGCCUGUUUUUCAGUUUGUGUCAGAUUCUCCUGAGGAUGUUUAUGCUGCAAAGACGUGGAAAUCUGACAGUGGUUCGAGUUGGGUUUAUACAUUUUCGUCUGCUGGAAGCAGAAAGAGAAGCAGUGCUAGUGUGCGGGGUUUGAUGAACGAUGUUAACAAAGACUCUUUGCUGGUGGCUCAGAUGCAAGUUUCCUGUAACAUGUGCUCAGAGGUCAGAAAAAAGGGACAAGAUCCAGAGACUUUGAUGGUAAAUGAGUUUGUUUUGUAUGAUAUUGCACAAGCAAGACGGAGUGUUUCCACAAAGGAAGAUCAAUCACUACCACUCGAUACGGUUACUAAUGCCUCCAAGAAUCCUGCUAAACCAGACUCAGAUUCAAGAAAUAGCACAAUGUCCGGGGAUGUUUCUGAAUCAGUGAAGCAGAGAUCUCAGCCGAAACGUACAUCUCAAAGCUAUGAUCUCGAGGCUUCAAAUGGAACAAACCCGUGGUCAGCUGCAGAUUUGCAUCCUGACCUUGAGAUCGCGGCUAUAAUCAUCCAAGACACGAUUGAGAAGAGAGAAAGCUUGAAAUACAGAAGAGGUGACAAAAGGUUGAUGGAGAAAACGAAUCUUCUUGGUCUUUCUCCAAUAGAGGAGGAGAAGAAGGAGUGGUUUGGCAGCAGAAGCUCAGAAAAGUUGAAGGUUGUAAUCCCAAGGGGAAACCAUGGGCUACCAACUACUGAAAACCCCGGUCCUUCGCCUUUGAUUCAGAGAUGGAGGUCAGGAGGUGGUUGUGACUGUGGUGGUUGGGACAUGGCUUGUCCACUAAUGGUUUUGGGAAAUCCUCGUAUCUCAUGUUCUCAUGAUCAGCCUCUUUUAGACAAUCAGCAUCCAUUGCAACUAUUUGUCCAGGGUGCUAAAGAGCAUAUACCAGCAUUGUACAUGUCAUUUGUUGAGGAGGGGCAAUACGAUGUUCAUUUCCACGCUCAGUUAUCAACUUUGCAAGCAUUCUCAAUCUGUGUUGCCAUAUUACAUAAUACGGAAGUCUCAGAUAGUUACAGAAACGGCGAGAAUGUACAACAGUUCUCGCAUUGCAACUCGUUGAAAAUGCUGAUUGAUGAUGAUAUUCAGUUCUUGGUUGAAGCAGUAACCGAGGAAGAGGAAAAGAAAGUCCCUAUGUCUGUGAAAGACGUUGCGACUGCUCUUCAAUCCUACAUGCCAAACCCUCCUUUCUCGCCAAUCUCCAGAGUGUAGUCUGCGAUGCUGUCAUUAUUGCAGAUACAUCUGAGUUCUUGUUGUCCCCGGUUGGCGAUAAGAAGAGAAGAGAAGAGAAGGUUGGUCUCCAACUCCCGGACGAAAGUGCAGCCAUGAAAGCAGCAGACUCGCCGGACAAGCUAGAGCUAAGAUGGGAGGGUCUCUGAUCUCCAGACUGAGAAAGGCUUCACAUUAUUUGUUGCGUUAUUUAUUCAUUCUUCUGAGUAGUAUCUAGGCAAAAGAAAAAGCCACACUGUUCAUAUUGUAAGGUAGCAAAUGGGAGGUGUCCAAUUUGGUUAGAAGUCUUAUAAGCGUAGAGUUGGUAGAUCAGAUCCUUCAAAAAAAGUUUUGUAACUUGUAGUGAAUAAUGGAUCUUCCUGUUCUCUCUCC